AUGAGUGAAUUUGAAGAAAGAGUGACGAGAAUUCUGACUGAAAAAUAUGGUAAAUUACAAAGUUUAGGGCCAUUAAUAUAUGGAACAGCUGGAUUUAGAAUGGAUUAUUAUGAAAACCCAUGUAGGGCAGAACAAGUGGCUAUGAUUUGUUCGUUGAUCGCAUGUUUAAGAAGUAUUCUAGAGCAAAAUUGGGUGGGAGUUAUGAUAACGGCAUCCCACAAUCCAAUUCAAGAUAAUGGGGUAAAGAUUGUGGAUGUUACAGGGAGUAUGCUAAACAAAGAGUUUGAGCAAAUUUGCUUUAAUGUGGUAAACCAUGAGGACGGGAGCAGUUCAGUGAAGGUUUUAACCCAUUAUUUCAAGGAGAAGUUGGGGCUAAAUAGUGAUGAGCUAAAUAAUAUAGAACUUUCAAAAGCAAAACUAAUAGUAGGUUAUGACACAAGACCAUCUUCAAAGUGUAUCCUUGAAUCUAUUGAAAGAGUGGCAUCAGAAUUUAAAAUCUCCAAAUUUUUAAAUUUUGGGUUCACAACGACUCCACAACUACAUUUUAUGGUAGCAUUUGCAAAUGGGUUAAUCAUGGACAAAGUUCCAACUGAGCUUAGAAAAGAUUUGGUUCUAGAAAAUUUGAUAGAAAAAUUAGAAAACUGUAACAAGCUAAAUAAGAGCGACAUUGUCUCGUCACUUUUUGAGCUAUACUUUGCUUAUCAUGAAUAUUACUUUAAACAAUUAGUAGAUUUAAUUCAAAGUGAUGAUCACUCAUUCAUAUUUGUUCAGAAUAGCCAUCGCUUUUUCAGAGCAAAACCGGAUAAUGUUGAGAAUUACAAAAUAAAUGAUAAAGGAGCCCUGGUUAUAGAUGUUGCAAAUGGUGUAGGAAAAUACCAUGUUAACAAAAUUUCCGAGAUUCUAUCUUAUGCUGGUGUGAGUCUAAAAGUGAUUAACAGAGAUGAACCCGAAAAACUAAACGAUGGCUGCGGAGCAGAACAUAUUCAAAAGAAUAUACUCCCUCCUGUUGGAUUUUAUUCUCACCAAGAUUAUGAUUCCGAGAGUGUUGACUAUGUAGCAGCCUUCGAUGGAGAUGCUGAUAGAUUAGUCUACUUUGCACCUGAUCAUUUUCAUGAUACUGAUAAAAAAUCAGGUAUUUUUCUUAUUGAUGGAGAUAGAAUUUCUGCAUGUUAUGCCCUUGUGAUCGUUACCUUAUUAAAUCAAUCUAUAAGAGGAUUUAAGGACGAAACAUACAUAACUCCCACUUUGAGUAUAGGAGUGGUUCAAACUGCAUAUGCUAAUGGAGCUAGCACAAAGUAUCUCAAUAGCUUACUCAGCACAUUAAAUCCCAAAUAUUUCAGAUUUUCUAUGAACUGUGUUCCUACAGGAGUUAAACACCUCCACAGAAAAGCAGAAGAAUAUGACAUUGCAAUAUACUUUGAAGCAAAUGGCCAUGGGACUGUAAUUCACAAGCAGGAAAAAUUAAAAUCUUGGGUUGAGAAAAUUUCAGUUAUUGGAAUAAAUAAUAAUUCAUACAAGUUACUGAUUUAUUUCUUGAAUUUGUUUAAUCCAGUAAUUGGGGAUGCAAUCUCGGACAUGCUUGCAUUUGAAAUUGCAAGAGAAUUCGUCCAAGCUCGAUUUGGUUGCAAAUUUUCAAUGUGCCUUUAUGAUGACUUAAAAGUCAUACAAGAUAAAGUUUAUUUAAAGAGAUGUGAUCUAGAAACUCUAAUCUGCGACAAAGAAACAGAGAAGUUUUUGGUUGAACCCAAGGCAAUACAAAAAGGCAUUGACAAUUAUAUUUCAAAUUUGAAUGAUAAUUACUCCAGAGCUUUUAUAAGACCAUCCGGCACAGAGGAGGUCGCGAGAAUAUAUGUAGAAUCACCUACAUUAAAGAAGGCUCAAGAUAUUAUGAAAUAUAUCAAAGAUCUAAUUAAGGAGUACUUUUCUAAAAAAUGA